AUGAUAACAUCAAUGUAUUUUAAUGAUAUUAAUGAUUUUAUUAAUUUAGAAAAUGGAGUUAAAAGAUUUCAAGGAAAUAUUGAACGAUUUCAUUUUAAUCCAAUUCCAUUAAAUCAAUAUUCAAGAAAAUUAAAAUCAUAUGGGAAUACAAUACCAUCAGAAGUUAAAUCACUUGUAAAUGGAUGUUUUAAAGGAUGUACAUCAUUAACAACAAUUAAUAUACCAUCAUCAAUUACUUCAUUUGGAAAAUCAUGUUUUUAUAAAUGUGGAUGUGAAGAAAUGCUAAGAGAGAAUAAAUCAAUACCAGAAUAUUGUUUUAAAGACCCUAAUGAAAAUUGA